UGUCAACGAAUAAGGAGAAGAAAUGUCAGGAAGGGGUAAAGGCGGAAAAGGAUUAGGAAAGGGUGGCGCAAAGCGCCAUCGGAAGGUUCUUCGUGAUAACAUUCAGGGUAUCACCAAGCCGGCCAUCCGCCGUCUGGCUCGUCGUGGUGGUGUGAAGCGUAUAUCAGGCCUGAUCUAUGAAGAAACGAGAGGAGUGCUGAAGGUGUUUUUGGAGAAUGUUAUCCGCGAUGCCGUCACCUACACUGAGCACGCCAAGCGCAAAACCGUCACUGCCAUGGAUGUUGUGUAUGCCCUAAAACGCCAGGGACGCACACUGUACGGCUUCGGAGGCUGAACUGUUCGUCUGAAGAAAAAAAACCAAA